UCUCAGCCGGCUGCUGCUAGAUCGAUGCUCCACAGUAUAGGAGCAGCUCCGCAGCCGUUCAACAUUGUCCAUGUUAUUGGGGCCUGCCAAACUUUCUAUUCCCUUUUCGGAUAAUAUUAUUUGCGGGGAAUUUUUCGGGCUCUAGCUGUUUGAUUGUUUUGAGCUGCUGGCUGAUUUCCUGCUGCGCGCCGUCCAUGCAUUAUUAUUAUUAUCCAACAGUAUAGUACUCACCGCAGUGUUACAUCACCGUCAUUGGAGAUAAGCCGCAUCAGCGACUUUGGGUUCAGAGCGGUACAAGUCUUCAAUUGAUUUUGCGGUUUGCCGUGUGUGUGUGUGUGUGUCUGAUAUCAUUUUGAUACGUGGGGAAAAAAAAGAAGAAAAAAGUGCGCUCCAACCGCUUGUUUCUCGGCUGUUCGACUAGGCUGGACCCUGCUGUGAUUUCCUGUAGAGUUCGUUAGACUGAAAUGAUUUCCGGCAUGACAUUCGACCACAGGGCAUUUAGGUUAUUGGGAUUCCUGGUCUUCCAUAUCUGAUUGGCCCGUCAAAAUCCAGUUUUAACUGCUGGGCCACCCCAAAAUGGACGCAUGGAUGGAAGUCGUCGUGCCUUACAUCAGCGACAGAAUUUUGCGGCCCAUCCUGACGACGCUCCUGGCCUGUCUCCUGUCUAUUGCCCUACUGCGACUCCUCGUGCUGGUCGUUUUAGAACCCGUGGGCGAACCAGUUCGCCCGUCCUUGCACUAUCGCCCUUCUUCUCUGUCCGAGAGACUCAUCAGCACGUUACCUGCUCUCCGGGCAUCUUACACCGUUCCCGGCUGCUGGUCUCUCGUCAACAGCGGCUUGGGGGCAUUUCUCAUUUUGGUGGCCACGGCGGCCACUCAAGCCUGUACACGAUGGACAGGUCAAGUUCGCUUCAUACGUGAAUACCUGCUGAUGGACGACGAAGGACUGGUUUCGCUCGACUGGGUCCAGGAACUCCGAUUGGCGUUCCCAUUCGACAGCGAUAACAAGAGCGUCUGCAAAUCGCCCAGCAACUUUGGCUGGAUCGUCCUCCUCAUGCCCGGACAGUGGGUCUGCGAUUCCAAACGGAAUCUGCAGGCCGUUUGUCGCUCGCUGGUCGAUCAGGGACACCAGCCGGUGAUCUGGAAUCGACGCGGGCAAGCCGGAACGCCGCUGGCCCAACUCAGUUCGUCGUCAUCGGUUUCUGGUUGCGGUGAUCUACGCCAGGUGAUCCAGUACCUGAGCGCCCAACAUCCCAACUCGCCGCUGGCCUUGGUUGGAUUCAGUCACGCCGCCUCCCUCCUCGUUUCCUAUUUGGGCGAAUUCGGGAGCAGCUCGUUGAUUCAUUCGGCCAUCGCCGUUAGCCCGUUGUGGCAGCACCCGCCGGCCGGCAUCGAAUGGAUUUUAUCCACUUGCAAGGGCCAACCCAUCGACCAUUCGGGAUCGGCCGAUCCACUUCGCGAUUCCGACGACAUCGCCGUUCCUUUGCUGGUGAUUCACUACGACGACGACCCGUUGGUGCCGGCCGACACUCUGCCCAAGGACCUCUUCACUUUGUAUCCGCAAUUGAUUCUGGUGACGUGCCCGCUGGGCGGUCACUGUGGACAACUCCAACCGACGCCUCGCCUCGUCGAUGUCAUAAUAGGCGACUUUAUUCAAGAGGUACUGGCUUUUACCAGCUGGCCUUUGUCCGUCCCACAGCAGCAGCAGCAGCAGCAGCCGGCAAGGCGCAAUCGACUCGGAUCUCUUACACGUUCGUCCGUCUCUCGAAGAACCAAGAGAAAUAAUUUCAAGAACGGCCGUCCCAGCUGCAGUUCCUGCUAAAGUGUUGAUCUCUUUAUCACGCGCAAGUUGAACAUUUUGGCAUUAUCAUGUUUCAAGUAUAUAGUCUCCAUAAGUCUGUGCCAAAAACAAUUCCAGCAGCCCUUAUUGUUUCCUCACAAAGUUCACGUUACCGAAUUUAACUUCAAUUCUCCAUUUCAUUUCAUUUUUCAGAUCUCUUGUCGUUAUCGCGGAUGAGUAGAAUAAUCAUAAUAUUAGCCGGAAGUGUUAUUUAAAUUCAGUGGCUUCAAGUCGGUUCUAAAUUUAAAUAUUUUGAAUUUUUAGCUCCAAUUAUGAUGUGAAGAUGUGUGGCUUUCUGGUCGCUUUGUAAAUGUUUGCUAUC